UCCCCUAUUCCUUCAUAACUCUCUCAAAAGCACUCCCCAAUUUCGAAUUUCGCUUUUCUUCCAGCCUCCAAACCAUCGUUUACGUUUCCUAGAAAUCCUCAGAAUCAAUGGCGCCAAAGGCAGAGAAGAAGCCCGCCGAGAAGAAGCCAGCGGAGGAGAAGAAGUCCGCCGUCGCUGAGAAGGCUCCCGCCGAGAAGAAGCCCAAGGCCGGCAAGAAGCUCCCGAAGGAGGGCGGAGCCGCCGCCGGAGAAAAGAAGAAGAAGAGAGUGAAGAAGGGUACCGAGACCUACAAGAUCUACAUCUUCAAGGUUCUCAAGCAGGUCCACCCAGACAUCGGUAUCUCCAGCAAGGCCAUGGGGAUCAUGAACAGUUUCAUCAACGACAUCUUCGAAAAGCUCGCCCAGGAGGCCUCGAGACUCGCCAGGUACAACAAGAAGCCGACGAUCACCUCUCGGGAGAUCCAGACGGCGGUGAGGCUUGUGCUUCCCGGUGAGCUCGCCAAGCACGCCGUAUCUGAGGGGACCAAGGCGGUGACUAAGUUUACGAGUUCUUGAAGAUAAUCUGGCUCUGGAUUGUGAUCUUUAGGGUUAGGGUUAGGUUUGUAUCCGUACAUGAUGGCCUUUUGUCUUUAAUGUCUUUUGGAUAUUUGUUAGGGUUUCUGUAUUUUACUUUGUAUGCUUGAUCUUAUGUUCUUAUGGUAAAAGUUGAAAAGACUAUCGGUUGACAUAUGUAAUGUUCCUCUAAUUUUUCUUCUCCUGCGUUGUAGCGAUUUGUACUGUAUAUUUAAUAUGUUGAUAAAUUCAUCAAAAAGAGACUUGUUGGUGA